GGGAUAGAGGAGGUCGUGGUGAGGGCACAGUAAAGGCGAGAGGGGCUUUUGAGCAAGGGAUACCGGGAUAUCGUUCGUUCGUGUCGCAUUCGCCGGCGUGAAAACGUGGUGUGUGUGCCAUUGCGAAAAGAAGAAAGCACUUUUGCUCACUGUUGGUGCUUUAAUUUGUAGUGAAAUCUAUGCAAGGGAAGUGGUACGGAAUUGCGUCUCAGGACGGCCAAGAUGCUCCGUACUAAAAAGGAUGUUGACAAGCAUGUCUCCGGCAUCUUGGCGAGAAUCAAGGAUGAGAAGGAGAAGCACAUGCGAGGCUUCAACUUCGCAAGGCUCUACUAUUCUGUCAAAGAUUACGACUCGGCAAGAAGGCAUCUGGCAGCCUACCUGUCGGUUAAUGAAAAGCAUUCAGCUGCCCAUAAACUCAUGGGACAGAUCUAUGAAGCGACUGGUAACCAGGAGCAAGCUUUGCAGUCGUACAAGAGGUCUUUGACUUUGGAAGAGAAUCAAAAGGAUGUCGUCCUCAAAAUUUGCGACAUCUACUGUAACCUUCCCGUGGAUCCCGAGACAGCAAAGUACUGGCUUGAACGAGCACAGAACCUGUUCCCGGGUGAUGCGGUGAUUUUCAAGCUCAAGGAGGGAAUGGCCAAGGCAGGAGGCGGCACUAACACAAAGGAUCUCGAAAACCUGAUCACCUCGGAGCUGCUGACGAGGCCCAACGACGUGGCGCUGCGGGUGAAGCUGCUGCGGCUGCUGCUCAACUCUGGGCGUGUCCAGGAGGCCCACAAGCACGCCUUGCAAGCCGAGGAACAGCCAGACUUCCGGCUUAGGGCCUCCCGCUCCCUCGACUGGCUGCACUGCCUCGCAGACGUCUUUGAGGCCUACCAGGAGCAGGGGACAGCUGCUGUGGACCACCACUUUCUGACCAAGUAUCUGCUGACCCUGGAUCAGCUGGCAGAGCUGUCCAUGUCCAGUUCAUCUGCGUCAACAUCGGGAUCUUCCACGGCUGAUGGCGCCUCGAAUCGGACGGAAGAGGGGGCUAUCGCAGCCGUCAGAGCGCUGGACUGUCUGCUGGAGAAGGCACACCAACAAAGGUGGACACGGACCGGUGCAUGGGCCUUCGCACUGCAGCAGGCCUCUGCACAGCUGUAUCUGCACAUGGCCAGUUUGUUGCUCAAGAGAACCUGGAAGGAGGGCGGCAACUGGCAGGAGGCGAGCCAGUGGGCGUCUGCCCUGCUGCUCACGUCGUACGCCCACAGGCCACCCGACAGCCUGCAUCAGGGGGGUUGGUUCCUCCAGAUGGAGCAGGGCCAGCAGGAGACGCUCAGGGUGGUCUUCCUCAGGGCACUGCAUCGCAUGUCUGUGUCCGGCCACCUAGUGACAACCUUGUGUGAGGAGGACAAGUCUCGCUGGCUCGCCAGGAUAAAAGGGGAUGUGUGCACUGUACAGGUCCGAGAGCGGAUCUUCCAGAGCCUUUUAGGAGGGGAGCGGGGACCCUCUGUCUCUUGGUUCCUGAACGACGCCGCGUUCCUCAAAAGCAGCCUCGAGUUUCCCACCCCUUCAGCACUACGAGACUACGACAAAGAGUCUCAGCUGCUGUAUCCAGACUCCUUAAACCACCUGGUCUGGUUGGCGCUGCAGCACAACGGAGCUCCCGACAAGAAGGCUCGGACACCUGAGUCACACUUUCAGCCUUGCAUUAUAUUCGUGGUUUUAUUUCUUCCCGCAGGGCAAUACGCGAAGUUGCCCCUCACGUUACACAUGUGGUUGUGGCUAGGAUAG